AUGCAGACUGUUGUGCAGCUAAAUGCUGCUCCAAAUACCCCUGUAUUUACAUUACAAGCCAGGGAUCCUGACACCGAUCACAACAUUCACUACUUCAUUGUAAGAGAUAGGACUGGUGGAAGAUUCGAAGUUGAUGAGAGAUCGGGUGUUGUACGAACCAGGGGAACUGAUCCGUUUCAACUAGACAUGGAGUACGUACUCUACGUAAAGGCCGAAGAUCAGAACGGACGCGUCGAUGAGAGAAGAUUUCAGUCUACACCCGAGGAGCGUCUUAGCAUUGUUGGUGGCAAACGUGCACCGCAAUUCUAUCUACCUAGCUACGAGGCGGAAAUUGCGGAAAACCAGAAAAAAGAUUCUGACAUAAUAUCAGUUAAAGCCAAGUCGUUUGCCGAUCGCGAAAUCCGCUACACACUGAAAGCGCAAGGCCAGGGUGCAGGCACCUUCAACAUUGGUCCCACGUCGGGCAUUGUUAAGCUAGCUAAGGAACUGGACUUCGAAGACCUCAGACAACCGCACGUGUACUCCUUAGUCGUGACUGCCACUGAAGAUUCUGGAGGAUUCUCGACUUCUGUCGAGCUUACAAUUCGUGUGACGGACGUGAAUGACAACGCACCCAAGUUCGAGCUACCCGAUUAUCAAGCGCACAACGUUGAUGAAGAUAUCCCCCUUGGUACCAGCAUCCUUAAAGUCAAGGCCAUGGAUGCUGAUUCUGGGAAGAACGCUGAAAUCGAGUAUUUAGUCUCAGAUGACCACUUCUCCGUGGAUUCCAAUGGGAUAAUCACAAAUAACAAGCAACUAGACGCAGACAAUAACAACGCAUACUACGAAUUUGUCGUUACUGCUAAAGAUAAAGGAGAGCCAGCGAAAACAGGAACUGCUACAGUUAGGGUUUAUACGAAGAAUAAGAAUGACGAAGAACCUAAAUUCUCACAGCAAGUGUACACACCGAAUGUUGAUGAAAAUGCGGGUCCAAACACACUGGUCACUACAGUCGUCGCAUCAGAUAAAGAUGGUGACAACGUCCGAUUUGGAUUCGUCGGUGGCGGCACGAGUUCCGGCCAAUUCGUCAUCGAAGAAAUAACUGGUGUCAUCCGACUGCACAAUAAAGCAAUUUCGCUUGACAGAGAUAAAUAUGAAUUAAAUGUAACAGCCAUGGAUGACGGUGCAUGCUGUGUCAACGGAGACGCUACGAUACACACUUCCACUGCUGUUGUAGUUGUGUUCAUAACGGACGUUAAUGACAAUAAGCCUAUAUUUAAAGAUUGUCCAACUUAUUUCCCGAAAGUUGAAGAAGGGGCCCCUAAUGGUAGUCCUGUUAUAAAAGUUCACGCUACAGACGAAGACAAAGGCGUUAACGGUCAAGUCAAAUACUCAAUAGUGCAACAACCGAAUCAAAAGGGAACGAAGUUUACUGUAGACGAGGAAACCGGUGAAGUGUCGACUAAUAAAGUAUUCGAUAGGGAAGGUGACGACGGUAAAUUUGUAUCGGUAACCGUAAAAGCUACAGACCAGGGAGAGCCCUCGCUAGAGGGUGUUUGUUCGUUCACUGUUGAAAUCACGGACGUAAACGAUAACCCCCCUCUAUUCGACAGACAAAAAUAUGUGGAGAACGUAAAACAAGACGCCAGUAUUGGCACAAAUAUAUUGAGAGUAUCGGCAUCCGACGAAGAUGCCGAUAAUAACGGCGCUAUUGUAUACACAUUGAGCGCUCCGUAUAAUCCCGCCGAUAUAGAGUAUUUCGAGAUCCAGCCCGAGUCGGGCUGGAUCGUUCUUAAGAAGCCACUCGACCGGGACAGGUACCGACUGCGCGUGCGCGCCUCCGACAGAGGCGACCCGCCCUCCUCCGCAGACGUGGACGUUGAAUUAGACGUGGUAGACAGGAACAAUAAGCCCCCCAUCUGGGACAUGACCACGUAUGGCCCCGUUCACAUCAAAGAGAAUGUCACAGUGGGUACCGUAGUGACCAGUGUGAAAGCCAGGUUGCGAGAAACGUACAAGUUGGAGGCUAUGGCUCAAGACAAGGGCUUCCCGCCCUUGUCCAGAACCGUGGAGGUCCAGAUAGACGUAGUGGAUCGCGCGAACAAUCCCCCCGUGUGGGACCACACGGUGUACGGCCCGAUCUACAUUCGAGAGAAUUUGCCCGUGGGCGCCAAAGUGGUGUCCGUGAAAGCAAGUUCGGGAAUUGAGAACAACCCGACCGUGUUUUAUCGACUGAUGCCCGGCUCCACAGCUCAGACUAACAAAUUCCACACUUUCUAUUUACAACAAAGGGCUGACAACGGAUUUACAUGGGCCGAUAUAAAAGUUAAUCAUCCGCUCGACUAUGAGAGCAUCAAAGAAUAUAAUCUUACGAUCCGUGUUGAGAACAACGGUGCACAACAAUUAGCUUCCGAGGCAACAGUGUAUAUCAUGCUGGAGGACGUAAACGACGAGAUUCCACUGUUUACUGAGAGGGAACAAGAGACAGUUUUGGAAGGAGAACCCAUUGGGACCAAGGUCACCCAAGUCAACGCCAUCGACAAGGACGGAACUUUUCCGAAUAACCAGGUGUACUACUAUAUAGUUGAUUCGCCGCGGAACGAGGGGAAGGACUUUUUUGAGAUCAGCAUGCAGACGGGCGAGAUCUUCACGAAGGUGGUGUUUGACAGAGAAAAACAGGGGGCGUAUGCGCUCGAGGUGGAGGCUCGAGACGGAGCUCCGUCGGCCCGGCCUAAUUCAGACAACCAGCCAAAUUCAGGUAUGUUUCAAUGGUAG